AUGGAGAGUUGUAAUAACACUUCGUACCCGGGUGGCGAGUUGCCCAAACCUAGGAUUGUGGCAGUCAAAGGUGCAGACGGUACAGUAAAACACAAGGCCGAGAUCACUCGAACCACUCGACAACAGCCUCCUCGUAAGACAACCUUCUGUCAAUUCUGUACUGAACAACCGCAAGGCUUCCACGGUGAACAUGAACUCCGUCGACACAUCGAACGUCACCAUACCUCGGUUCGAAAGGUGUGGAUCUGCAAAGAUGCAUCUCCAGACGGAACGUUCCUCAGCGGCUGCAAAGCAUGCCGCAACCGAAAGACAUACGGCGCCAACUACAACGCGGCAGCACACCUUCGGCGAGCACAUUUCAACCCAUGCAAGAAUCGACGAGGAGGCCGUGGCAAGAAGAGUGAGAACCGAGGUGGCAUGGGAGGUGGCAAUUGGCCUGCCAUGGAUCAACUCAAGCACUGGAUGUACGAGGAGGUCGAGCUCAACGUCAAGGGCAAGACCAUUGUGCAAGAGUUCUCGCCAGACACAACUUACACCGCCGCCGACAUGCACGAACUCAUGAACUGCAACCCCAACCUGACCGGCAACCAACACCCUCACCAAGACUUCAACCUCGGCGCCGAGAUGGAACAGCAAGUCCUGCAACCGUACGACAUGCCAGUGAUGCACGACCCGUCGUACUAUGGAAACUCAAUGACCCCCAACUACGCCGGCGCUCCGAUGGAUCCCCAUGUCGUUUACGACCUGAAUACCUAUCCUGCCGCUCUUGAAGAGUCUGCCUUUGCAUAUUGA